GCCGCUAUGGCGGAGGACAGUGAGUCUGCCGCCAGCCAGCAAAGCCUGGAGCUGGACGAUCAGGACACGUGCGGGAUCGACGGGGACAAUGAGGAGGAGACGGAGCACCCCAGAGGAAGUCCUGGAGGGGAUUUGGGAGCCAAAAAGAAAAAGAAGAAACAGAAGAGAAAAAAGGAGAAACCACAUUCCGGAGGCACCAAGUCAGAUUCCGCAUCCGAUUCCCAGGAGAUCAAAAUUCAGCAGCCUGCCAAGAACCCCGCCAUCCCCAUGCAGAAGCUGCAGGACAUCCAGCGAGCAAUGGAGCUGCUGUCUGCCUGCCAGGGACCCGCCAGGAGCCUCGAGGAUGCUGCAGAACACAGAUACCAGUUCUGGGACACACAGCCGGUGCCCAAACUGAAUGAAGUAGUCACAUCUCACGGGGCAAUUGAGCCAGAUAAAGACAAUGUGCGGCAGGAGCCGUAUUCUCUGCCGCAGGGUUUCAUGUGGGACACCUUAGACCUGGGCGUCGCCGAAGUGCUCACGGAGCUGCACACGCUGCUGAAUGAGAACUACGUGGAGGACGACGACAACCUGUUCCGCUUUGACUACUCGCCCGCGUUCCUGCUGUGGGCUCUGCGCCCCCCAGGCUGGCUGCCUCAGUGGCACUGCGGAGUCAGAGUGUCCUCAAAUAAGAAGCUGGUCGGGUUCAUCAGCGCCAUCCCAGCCAGCAUCCGGGUUUAUGACAGCGUGAAGAAGAUGGUAGAAAUCAACUUUCUCUGUGUUCACAAGAAAUUGCGGUCCAAGCGGGUUGCCCCGGUGCUGAUUCGAGAAAUUACCAGGAGGGUGAACCUGGAGGGGCUCUUCCAGGCCGUCUACACAGCCGGCGUCGUUCUGCCGAAGCCCGUGGCCACGUGCAGAUACUGGCAUCGAUCACUAAACCCCAGAAAAUUGGUAGAAGUGAAAUUUUCUCACUUGAGUAGAAAUAUGACUUUACAGAGAACAAUGAAGCUGUACAGACUUCCAGAUCAGACAGUGGAGAUGAACUGGGGAGUACACAGUCCCUCCAUGACGUCAAGCAGGGAGGGGAAACGUGGACCAGAUCAGAUGGAGAGAAAAGCCACAGGUGAGAUGACACAGGAGGGGAUGAAGGAGCAGCCCCUCAGCCCGAGGUGGCAGGAAUGCAGGUGGACGUGCCGAGGGGUUACAAAGACUUCAGGUUUGAGACCAAUGGAACCAAAAGAUAUCAAAGCAGUUCGAGAAUUAAUCAACAGUUACCUGAAGCAGUUCCAUCUGGCCCCGGUGAUGGAUGAAGCGGAAGUGGCCCACUGGUUCCUCCCUCAGGAGCACAUUAUCGACACCUUUGUAGUGGAGAGCUCAAAUGGUAAAUUAACUGACUUCCUGAGCUUCUACACACUCCCUUCAACAGUCAUGCAUCACCCAGUUCACAAGAGCCUCAAAGCUGCUUACUCCUUCUACAAUAUUCACACGGAGACUCCCCUUCUGGACCUCAUGAACGACGCACUCAUUAUAGCUAAAUUGAAAGGAUUUGAUGUGUUCAAUGCACUAGAUUUGAUGGAAAAUAAGAAAUUCUUGGAAAAACUCAAGUUUGGUAUAGGAGAUGGCAAUUUGCAGUAUUAUUUGUACAAUUGGAGGUGUCCAGGAACAGACUCUGAAAAGGUUGGACUUGUAUUACAAUAAAUGGACACUGUAUUUCUAGAAUCCUGACAUCAUCAUUUGUUAAUGUUCUAUUCAGUGAUUCCUGGAACUUGCCAUUCCAAAGAAGAAUUAAAGCACAACUUAAGUGAACUUGAGGUGGUUGGUAAUAAUCAGAAAAAUGAAAAAACAUCCAUGUGUGAUGACCAAUAGUACACAUUUCUAGCUAGAAUAUAAGAAUUCAUCCUUUUUUUCGCUAUUUACCCAUUUGUGGAAGGUAUGAAAAUGUACAAAGAGCACAUUCCUCUAAUUUACAAACUUGGUUGUGGCUGGAUAAAGGGAAGGUAUUUUUCCACUCAAGAAAAGGACUGUUUUUAUAUGGACUGAAUAAAAGUAAUGGAAUUGUGUAGGAAAAUCUUUGCUGCCGUGUGGAGAUAAACUGCUGCAUUUCUAUUUAUUAAGUGGUGGAAUAUUUGUCAGUUUAACAGAAUGAAGGAUCCAUUUGGAAAAUUUUACUUAUAUCACCUUAUGUGAUAUCAUUUGGGAAAAUUUAUGAAAUCAACACUUUUGUAAAAUUGACAAGAGCGGUGGAUAUUUAACUGUGAAGCAAUAUACAAAUAAAUGUACUAGUGACUAGUACAUUUACUUCUUCAUAAACAAAGUUGCCAAAUCAGUAAACACACAGAUUUGUACUUUGAUAUUCAGCAAAUUGAUGGGUUAGUUCAAAAGCAAAAUUUUGUGCAAACAUGAAGUGUGCUCUCUGAAAGAAUACACACCCGUAAGUAACUAAACUUUGCUGAUGCUCAAACCCUAAUUUCUUGUCAGCAAUGCCAAGGCUAUGUGAGGAAAAGAAAAUAAAAGCUCUAAAGUCAAAAGAAAUGCCCAGUGGAAUUUAUUAGUGCUAUCAGGACAUUGAUAGUUUGAAUGUUGUUAUUACUUAUGCAAAGUUGCACAUAUUCUUUUAAACUGACUUUAAUUUAUCAUGAAAGCUGAAAUGCUAAAGGAAAAUGUCUUAUUUGUAAAUAAGUGUUCAUAAUUUUGUUACUGAUGUUUUUAUCUAGAAUUUGAAAAACGAAGUUUCACAGUAUACGUACAUAUGUAUAUAUUGCCAACAGUCCAAGGGGAAAAAAAGAUGCUCAACAAGGCCACAGAGACUGGCCUUGACUCAGAUACCACAAAAGUAGAUACUACUUCCUGCCUUUAUUGUACCAGUGCCUAGACUGUUCAGUCCAGAAGAAAAUUUUUAUUAUUUUCAACAACAUGAUGGCAUUUCCUUCAUGUUAUAAGUAGCCCAGUGAAGCCAAUCGUAUCUUAUACCAAGGGCCAGCAAACUAAGAAUGGUUUUUACAUUUUUAAGUGAUUGAAAAAAAUCAAAAGAAUGGCAUUUUGUGAUGUGAAAAUUACCUGAAAUUCAAAUUUGUGUUCAACAGUUUUAAGGGAACACAGCCACUCAUUCGUUUUAUGUAUUGCCUGUGGCUGCUUUCACACAUCAAAGGCAGAGUUGAGUCGCUGCCACGGAGACUCUAUGGCCUGCAAAGCCUAAAAUAUUUACUGUCUGGCCCUUUACAGAAAGAGCUUGUUGCCCCCAGAUUUACGCUGGUAAGUUGAAAGCUAACUGCUACAGCCUGCCAUUGUCCUAAGGCCACCUACAGCUUGUGGGAUCCCUGAGACGGCCACAAGAGGGGACACCUGGGCCACAGGCAGUGCCUACUUAGCGCUGGCACUGUUCGCUUCCUUGAAGACACAAAGGGAAGACUUCUCAUUUGGGCUGAUUCAAGCCCAAUUGCAUUACAAUUCUUUCUUAGAAUGAGAAAGGCUUCAAGAAGCAAAACUGAACCAAUUCACUGAAACAUUUUUCUGAAACACCAGUAUUAAGUAAAUGCAAUUUGGAGUCGGCUUUUGUUAGGAACUACUUCCUACUCAGUUUUAUGGCACAAAGUCCUAUAUGAAGCAGAUUCUCAAAUAAUUGCAAAAUUGCCAGUGAGAAAUUUUGUUAUGAACUUACCUCAUGAUGAAACUGUUCCUUUAAAGAUAAGUCUACGUAAUUCCAACUGUUAUAGAAUUCAUAUUUUUACUCAUUUUAAAAACAGUAAUUAAUAAAUAACUGGCAUAUUUCUCUUUAAAAUUUAAGCAGAUUACCAAUGAAUACUGUAAAAGAGACCAGUAAAACUGCUUGUUUAUAAAGUAGCUAUUAAAACAUGAUAUUUAAAAUGCAAAAUACAGUGUAUUAUAGUUUCAAAAAAACUACAUUGUCCUGCAUCCUGUCUCGAACCGAAAUGCUCUAUUGCAUGCGGCAUGUAUGUCCUUCCUUGUUUUUUUCCAAGAUGGCAGUAAGUGAAAAUCUACACGAAUGGAGAUUACCAUCAUCUGUUAAAUUAACAGAAUUUAAACUGAAAAUAAACUCAGGCCAUCCAAUUAUCUUCUCCCUAAACUACAGAAAGUAACUUAUGCUCCAUUUCCUAACACGCAGGGUGCCCAUUUUGGCCCAGGCCUCCCUCUUGAGAAUCCAACUCCAUUCAUUUACUUUCUCCUUGUCAUAUUUCACCUAAUUACCAUCACUUUUUAUACAUGUUAACUUCUAAGGAAAUAACCAUUCAGAGGUGAAUUCUAACUAGUCAAAAUACUUUAUCUGGGGAAGUGCCACUUGCAGGAGCUGCACCCAUCUUGCUCUACCUCAGCACCUCACUCCAUGCCAGUUCCGAAUUUAUAUCAGCCACCUCAACAAAACUAAAGGAUGAGCUGAAGACAUCUCUGUAUGCCGUCUUCUCCCAUCCUGGAUAUCCUGUUAUCAUGGAGCCUGAAGAUGGGGGGCCAGACCUGUGUCAUCUUCAAGCACGACCAAUGCCCUGUGCUCCAUAUAGGGUUUCCCCUCCUAUGACAAGCCCACACAGAUCCAUGGUGCCAGGACUGACUCAGGUAUUACCGCCAAGAUGAAGGGAACCUGCGCAUAGCGCGACUGCAAGUGGAAGAGGAAGCCCAAGAGCCAGGAGACCCCAGCUGCCAAGGCCGUGUGGGUGGGGCAGCCAUCCCGGGCCUGCCACCAGUGACUCAGGCACCUGCGUUGUGCACCACAUGCUAGGCCAGCUCUCAGUGAUCCCACUGCCAGGGCUUGCACCUGGGCACAUCCCCCCAGGGGCCAUGCCCCCAACAGCCACUUACACCAAGGUACACACCACCUGCCCAGCUCCUGUCAGAAAACCCACUGGAUCACAUCGUUCCUUACCAACCUGCCAGACGAGACCAGUGGGCUCAUGCUGUCUAUGCUUUUCAACCAGUUACGUGGCUCCAAGGCAGUCCAGCUGGUCCCCACACAGCUUGCAUCACCUUUUUGCAGUCUGACGAUAAGGUGCAGGCAAGGUCCCCCCACAAUGCCCUGCAGGGCUUUAAGAUCACCCAGAACAGUGCCAUUAUCUCCUUCACCAUGUAGCACCUUCCCCUAUGCCUGCCUUUGUCCCACUCUAGGGCUGCUGCCCUCCCCCCUUGGCUCAGCCCCCUGAAGCCAAGUCCCCCCCCAGGGGCCUUGUUCCAGCCCUGUGAGUAGUCUCCACACAGCAUCAUACCCAGAGUCUGUCUCCAGGCCUUGCACCUGGCCCUGGUUUGGUUUUUCACACAUGCAAACCUUAUUUGGCUUUCUUAUGAAUAGCAGGCCUUUCUCCCAACCUAUGUCUGUCUCGAUACAAAGUCAAACUGACAUGACACUUGAAAUGAUGCAGUGCUUCUGUAGACAGUGAGUUGCUUGGCAUUUAUAUCUUUCCUGUAAGACUGAUAAUGUAUCUCCAGUAAGUUCUGCCUACCUACCUAACUUGAACCACAUUCACUGUGGCAGUUUAAGCUUGAGAGAAAGAUCUUAACUGUUGUAGAAUACAGAUGUUCUUGUUUACAAGCACUGUGCCAGCCUUUUAAGAAAGUGAAUUUAUACAAGCAUGGGAAUUAGUUUCAAUAAACUUUUGUUUUGGUAUUCACA